GAAGAAGAAAAGGAGGAGGAAGAAAGCGAGCUCGGCUCGGAGGGCGCCCGCGAACGAAGGCUCGAGAAGAAGAAGAAGAGGGUAGCGUCUCUUCACAGGUGUCGCUUCAGAGCGCUACCACUGGAGGCCACAUUUGCUCCUGGUACCGCGUACGCGAACGGUAAACCGGCGCUUCGACGCCGGUACUCGACUUCAGCCGGCCAGUUGCGUCACUUUGAACAUCCUUGAGCGGGAUCUCAGUUUGAUUAUACGGUGGUAAUCGACGGGUAUAUUACAGUGCCGCGUGUAUGAAUUUCACAUGAAAGAGAGACGACUACAAAGACUAUGAAGAAUCGGCGCGAAAUUCCCGCUCUCGAGCGUCAAGUGGACCGGUUGCUCGGCUGACUAGAGGCACCGGUUUCAGGAAAGUGCGUGAGCUUCCUCCUCGACACCCUUCUGUGUUUAUUGAAAACACCGUGAAGCACGCCUCGACGCGAAAUUGUGAACCUCGAGAGAACUUUGCGAUCAUUUCUUUGUAAAUAACCGCAUUAAACAAUUUAUAUCGGGAUUGUGACAAAAAUAGUGCCAACCUGAACUUUGAGUGCAUUAAAAAUCAAAAAUUAAAUGAGAAGAAUUAUGCAAAAAUGUUACAGUUUCCAAAUUAAAUAAGCAUUUAGUUGGACGAUUGUUUAAACGAAAGAACAAAAAUUUUUUUAUAACGCGAAAGUAGUUUAAACGGACUGAAGGUUCAAUCGGCUCCGAACGAUGAAAAAUUAAUUUUCCAUCUAUGGUUCAUCGAAAUUGGAAGCGAGGACGCGUUGGAGGUAAGGUCUCCUCGGCCGAAGUUAACCGGUGGAACCAGCGAGGAGGACCAGUUCGACUCACACGUUCACGAGAAUCUUGGAGCGUGCAUGCGCGCGUACGACGACGGCCGUUAUGUAAUCGACGGUGGAGUUGAUCGCGCUCGUAAACAAUGUAAGGACCGGUUGUUUAACGGACACUCUUUUUCCGUAUUUACGAUAAUGUCUUGAACGUGUGUGUGUGUGAGAGUGUGUGUAUGUGCGUGUGUAGCGUUUUCCCGUCGAACAUCGGUAUUCCCGGCGGUGCAGUGCGCUACACUGAGAGCGCUGGAGGCUCCGCGCAUCCCGGUCGAGUACGCAACGCUGCGUGCCCAUCUCGACGAAAAGAACCAUUAAAUGCGUAUAAUUGUUGAUGAAAGGGGCGCUCCGAUACGGCGCUUUUUCGAGAGGGGCAAUGAAUUGAUUAACGCUCGCGGUGAAACGGGAAGAGGACAUUAUCAAGCGGCAACGAUCGACGUUUUACUUUUCUCGAGAAGGAACCGGCGCGGCGCGGCGGCAGCGUUUAAUCGGAAGAGACGAUCAACGACGUCGCGGGAAGCUUGGUUCGAUCCGUUAGAGGUUAAAGGCUGCUACACACCGUCGUGUAGCUGGUCAACGACGAUCACCUUGCGUUGUGGUGCUGACGCGAAUGCUUCUUCGCGCUCGGCGGUACGCGCGAUACCGCAUGCGGCGCAGCGAAUUCCGAGAGACCGUGAGGCUCGCAGACCGUGGCAGAACAAUCUCGGUGUAGGCUUCCGACGCGGUCGGAUCCAGGGUGCGACAGAUAUGGAUGACGGUGUGCAGAACGGCCUGCAGCCGGACCAGUGGUUGUCAACCGUCGACAAGGGGGAGAAACGAACGAGUUCCCUCGGCAGCGGUGCAUUGCGCUUCAUUCGUACGCGUAGCAGCAUUCGGCGAGAACUCAAGCGACAGUGCUAUCGAAGCAAGACCGGCGAUUCUUACGGUGGUCAAGACAACCACACUGGAAGCGGCGGAGGUGGUGGCAUAGGAAAGUGGCUGCGCGAACAUCUGGGUGGUGGUGGUUCGAAAGGAAGUCACGACGCCAACUCCACGUUUUCUUCGAAGGGAAAUGUAAAUACUGGCGAUAACGGCCGUGACAAUAAAUCCUUGGGCAAGACGAUUUACACGUCGCAAAAUCUCUACUGCAGUCUACCGAGAGAACAUGGACGUUACAUGCAUAACGGCCCCCGAAAGAUCAUCAACCAUGGUAAUUCCGCGAAGUCUCAUGGUUACGAUCGGCCGCGAUCGAACAGCAUGAACCAUCAUGAGAAGUCCAUGUCAAGCGACCUUGGGACCUUGACGCGAGGCGGACCGAUCUACGGUAGCGAAGGCAGAAGUCUGAAGAAACGAAAUCGCGAUCGUCGUCGACAUUCGCUUUACGAGACACACGAUCAAGGCCGUAACCGUCGAAGAAGGUGUAUCCCGGAUGGCGGGGACGUCGGUUACACGAUGACGGAGUUGCAACCGUCGCCGCCAGGAUAUCGCGUCCAGGAUGAGGCCCCAGGCCCACCUUCCUGUCCCCCGGGGUCCUACAAAUACGCGAGCCACGGCCACGGGAGCGAGGCUACCAAUUUCAAGAGUGCCACGUCGUAUUCUCAGGAAGGCUAUGGCCUUAAGCAGAGUCCGCCUCGGUCGGUGGCUCCUAACGAAUAUUACCGUCGCAGAAACGACGGGCGGAGGUCCAGCGCGGAAAACGAUCACGAGGGUGGUAACGGCGGCAAGAAGGCCGCCGCGGUUACCGGUUACAACGACGGUCACAAGAAGAAUACUCCGGGCUAUAAGAACGACUGCGGGUACAGCGAGAACCUCGGAUUCAACAGCUUCACGCUCCCUCUUAAUGAGAGAGACGAAGCUUCGCCACCACCGACGCCGCCAGUUAGGGAUGCCUCUAGCCUCAAGGGCGUGUGUUACGGCCCGGGACACGAGAAGUAUCCUUCGUGGCCGAGCGCGCCCGAACGACACUCCGACGAGGAUAUCCACAGCUCGGGGCACAGCGGUUCUCACCGCUCCAAGUCCUGGACCGAUCACACCAACUAUCCGAAGGAGAAGCCGGCCCAGUACACCAGACCACACACGAAGAGGCCCAAUCCCGCGUUCACGCAGCAGUUGAAGACGGUAAUGGAGCGUUGCGAGAAGAUCCCAGCCGAGACUUACGAGUCACGCAACAGAAGUAGCGUUGAAGACGAGUCGAGACUGUGGCCGCGUGUGGAUCGCGAAGGUAAAGCUUUGGGAGAUGCGGAAUAUGUGGUUCCAUCGCCACCGGAACGGGAACAGCAAUCUCAGACUUUGAGUCACGUAGAUCUGGAAGCUUAUGUAAGAGGCUACCAGGAUUCUCAGGUUCCUCAGGUGGACCUCUAUCGCGAAACUACCUUAACGCAAGCGGGUCUUGAAGAAUACACGAGAGUGCAGCAUUCGCAACAGGCCAGCUAUGCCCAAUCCGAGGGAUAUCACAGUUAUGUAUCCAGUGUGGAUUCUACGACGAACACACCAUUUCUCGACAGAUUGAGGCGAGACAGCGAGGCAGUAGCACAAAGGCCCGCGGCAUCUUGGGAAGAUACCUCCCGAGAGGGCAGAGACAGCGUGGUGACUACGUCUAGUGGUAGCGCUUCUAGCAGCGAAACUUUAAAAUGGCACGGCUCGAUGUCGGACGUCAGCGUAUCGAGUGGUAUGCCGCCUCGCCAAGUGACAUCGGAUCGAUGGCACCAUGGAUCCAUGUCGGACGUUAGCAGCGUAAACGGAGGAAUUUUAAAACCGAACAAUGGUUGUCACGAGAAGUGGCAGAGUUCCAUGAGCGAUGUCAGUACGUCCGGAAUGGGCCCGCCGUCGGCAAAAGGAAGGCAUAGCCUUGAUAAAUGGCAGUCUUCGAUGAACGACCGAAACAAGCAGGGUCAAGGUAGGCCCAGCUUGCCAGCGGUGAUCAGCCAUUGCACGACAUCCGCGUCGAUCAAUGAUAUCUGUCAAACAUCGGCGAUUCGAGACGGUAAAUGGCAGGAAUCCAACCUUGACGAUGAUUCGCUAAACGAUAGGCCACAGGCGAAUCAGUGGGACAACUCGAGCAGACUCGAAAGCGAUAAGUACGCUCAACCUAUGCCACAAAGCCCCACGCGCCAGCAAGUCGGAGCGGCGAGUCCGCAGAGUUCCGAAAAUUGGAAUCCUAUACAUGGAUCGAUGUCCGACGUGAGCCAAACUAAUGGAAUCCAGUGUAGCAAGCAACUGAUCGCUCACAGCGCUAGGGUGCAGACUCCUCAACGGCACCAUUCGGAAAGUGUGCUCUAUUUGGAUCGCGAACGUAGCAAACGAAAACUUUAUCCAGUCAGUACGACGCAGCCGCAAGAAUCCAUGCAGUCUUCAAGAAUAACUGUGAAUUCACCGCCACAACCGCAGCUUUCAGUAGCUGAACGUAUCAACGAAUUAGAAAAGCAACAACAACAGCAACAAAUGCGUUAUACAUAUUUGGAUCCCGACAAACGUCACAGAGUGUCCGAUCCUACUCUGAAAGCAAUUCAAAAGAAAGCGCUGUGGUCUUUCUACGAAAGACAUCAUCAAGCGUCUUGGCGGUCAGAGCCUCAGUUGGCACAAGGUCCUGCGCUAGCUCCUCAAAAUCUUCAGAAUCCUCAGAAUCCUCAGAGUCCUCAGAAUCCUCAGAGUCCACCGCCGCAGCCUCCUCCUCGACCGAGGCCAUCCUCAUCCCGAAGAGCCAGUUCAGCGUCGGAUUACGCUAGUGGUGCGUGGAGAGAAAAUGUUAGCAGAGCUCAGAAUCAAGGAAACGGUGACUUGCCGACCCCAAAGCAUCAACACAGCAACAGUUGCAGUAGUCUCUCCACGGAUUUAUUGGGUCCCGUGAUAGUCGGACCAGCCAUAUCGAUAGAUGACUGGGUGCCCGAGAGACCACCUAAAAAACCACAUCUGAGAAAUGCUUACAACGAACGCAUACCCAGCCCCGACUUGCCACCACCGUCGCCACCGACGGUCACGGAGAGCGAGGUCCAUGAUUGCGACGAUCCAUUGCCGCCCCCACCACCCGAGCUCAGCGACGAUUGUUUCACGGAGCGUAAAUCUAACAACAUUCACCACCAGACGGAGGAAACGGCAAAGAACAGUCGUGAAAAGUCAUGCGAACGACACAAGUCGGAAAGACAUUCCAUGAAAAGAUCGAAACACAGUGCUAAAAGAGAUCACGAUAAGCCCUCCGGCAAAUCCUCACCAAAUUCGACGAAAACAGGCGUUCAAGAACAGGAACAGCAUCAAUUUGUGAGAUCUGCCGUGGGGCUGACACACGUGGAUUCCGAAAUGGUGCUGGAAAACGGAGUCUCAGCCGGCUUCGCCACGCAUAGAAUGGUCACGGGACGUUCCAGUUUGAGAUAUCCUUCUACUCAGAAACUUAUGGUGAACGGGAGAAUACCGCCAACAAGAAGAAUAUCUGACGAGAGAUCUUUUUCAACCAGACCUCCGGCGCAACUGCCUGAUCUCAUAUCGCAAAGAUACAGCGAUUCCGGGAAUCAGAGACCCGCGCCGCAAGUUCCGGUGGAACCGAGGAUCAUUCGGCAGGAAUCGAUGCGAGUUGACGGGACGCGCGUCGACGCGUCUGGUUUACUGCGAAAUGAUUCCAGCCAGAGAUUAGAAUCUUCUUCGGGUCAGAGACCGUCACCUCAAGUGCCUAAAAACGCGGAUAAGAAUACUACUAUAAGUCCAUCCUCGAGACCGAAUUAUUUGUCUGUGACAGAAGUCGCGAAGAGUCCGUCCAAAUACUUGAAGAACGGAAAUCACGGUUUCUCUAUCGGCAGCCCAGUGAAAACGGGAUACGAAGCUAGCUCGAAGCUAUUCCCCUCGGAGUCAAGCCCGCAGAAAUAUCACGAACCUCCGAAAUACGUUCCUAAUCACCAUCAACGUUCUAGCGACGUAACGCAGAGGACGACGCAUGGUUACUUUGCAUUGCCACCGAAAUAUGUGGAUAUACCUAAGCAGAAACCUCAGCCUCAAUGUCCGGCGGAGAAAUACGGCACGGAUUCUCCUAGUUCGCCUCCACCGCCUUUAGCACCACGGCAGAAUAUGUCUGGUAGGAAGUCCUUGCCGCCUCCACCGAGACCCGCACCUCCGCACUCGCACCAAGGGAGCCAGUCUAAGGCUUCUUACUUGGCCUACAGACGAGAGCGUGGUGCUCCCGAUAGCGAGGGCAGCUACAAGAGAACUAUGUCUCCAACCUCACGAAUGGACGAUUGGCCGCCUCCUAGGGAUCAUGACGAUCCCGUACUUUUACGUGUCACACCGCAUCAUCCGUUACAACAACAGCAUCAUCAUCAUCACAAUAACCAUCAUCAACAGCAACAUUCUGAUCUCGCCAAGUCAUACAGCGUGGACGCUCUUCAUCAUCGACUGGAGGAGAGAUGUCCCCAACAGCAACAACAUUCGGCAGAGGUGGUCAAUAAACUCUCGCACGAUCUCAACAAAAAACUCCAGGCUAGCGACGUAAGGUCUCGCACUAAUGAAAACAACAAUAACGAUAAUCUCGAGGAUCGGCAUCAACACCAUCAUCAUCAUUAUCAAGAAAAGAGGCAUCCGGAAAAAAGACACGACUACGAGCAACGUAGAGAAAGACUAUCGCCGCAGAGCGUGGAGGUCCUUAAUGACAGGAACAGACAGCUAGAGCGGGAACGUCGGAAGUUGGCAGCGAGCUGUGAACCUCUAUCUCAAAAUAGAGAGAAACAGUUACGAGAAAUCAAUGGACCGCUUCCAAUCGCCGGCGAUGACAUCUUCCGCGAGAGAAGCGCUACGAUCGAGAUGACCUCGCAGAAUAUUGAAUUACUAAAUCGUCGUAAUGAGAAGAGAUUGAGUAGUGUAUCAACGUCAAAUAGCACGAUAUCCACGUAUUCCAUCAGCACCACAACGUCAUCAGUAGCUACAAAUUACGAUAAUAGUUGGGCCAGAAGACACGAAACACAGAGUUCGAUAGAAGCUACCAUCUUUUCGGAUCGACCACCACCACCGACGAGUUCACCGCCGAGAUCACCGAAUAACGUCGAGACUACAAGUCCACGGGGAGCUGUUCCGAGACGAUCGGGAAGUUGCUCGAGCACUUCUUCCUCGGGAAGAUCGAUAGACGCUCGCGUAUCGCCUCGAGCUUUGCUGUCCAGAUCGUCUCCCAAGAGUUCUCUCGACUCUCUCACGCGGAACGAAGCUCGGAUAGAAUAUGCCUCUAACAACAGAAAAGUCUCCAGUCCGACUCAAACGGAUAAUACAGGUUCCUGGAACAGAUCCAACUCGCCGAGCAGGCUGAGUCAGACGAGCGAUACGGAAUCGCGAGUCGAGAGAAUUUUCGCGGCUUCGAAAUUUAGGAUUGGCGGCAGGUCGUCCACGUCUUCGAUUUCAAGCGUUUCCAAAGCAUCCUCUUCCUCCUCACCGAGGAACUCGCCGGUCGAGGAGGACAAGUCGUCACCAAGAUCGUCGCUCUGCGUAUCGCCUCAGCCGGGCAUAGAGGGUCUGACGUUAGUACAACGUACCGAGGUCGUGCUCCGGGUGAACGCGGCCACCAGCGACGCUGCCUCGCAAACCGAUAUCUUGGAAGACAUGGAGCAAGACGUCAGCAAGAUUCAGCGGCCGCUUCCGGAAUCUAGGAAGAAAUUGCCGGAGGAGAUCGAGUGCGAGGAGCUCAGCAAGGAUUUAGCCAGUCAACUCAGCCCUAACGACAAGCUGGUGCCUAUACUCGGUAGUAUGGUUCCAGCGCCGGAGCACAAGAAACCCACCGACUACGUUUCCGGCCUGUUCAGGGUGGAGGCGACCUUGCAGCCGCGAACAAGGCGACGGCUCUCCCUGGAAGAGUCAACGGCCUCCUGCAACGAGGACACGGACGUGGACGAUAAAAAACACGAAACGAUACCCUCAGCUCCCGUCACACCACUGUCGGCCGAUUCUACCAGCCCCCUAUCCCUCACUUCGGCUUAUUUCACGACAUCCGAGGGAAAGGCGAGGUUCCUGACGAGAUACUCGCGGGACGUCACGGCGGAGGGAUUAACACAUCAAGAGGAUGCGCCGGCAGUUGUACCAACGAACAGCCUUGACCUUAGGCAGAAAAAGGAGGAACUAAUGAUGCGCCUCGACAGGAAGUUGGAGGUUCUUAGAGCCGAGCAGGAGGCCGUAAAAGAGGAAGGUGAGGUGAACGAGACUCUGGGUGCGCGAGUCGCCGCUCGCAUUUCCGCUGUGGCUCGCCCGCCGGAAGCGUCCAAGUAUCGGAAUCACGUAGAGGAAGUCGGCAAGAUUACGAGCCUUCUUCUCGGCCUUAGUGGCAGGUUGGCUCGCGCCGAGAAUGCCCUUUAUGGAAUGCCGGCCGACCAUGCGGAGAGAAAAAUUUUAGAGAGCAAACGGGACAAGCUAAUGGAUCAAUUAGAAGAAGCGAAGAUUUUGAAGAGUAAUAUCGAUAAACGUAGCGUGAAUAUGUCGGCGAUCCUAGCAAAGUACCUGAAUGAAGAAGAAUUUGCUGAUUACCAGCAUUUCAUCAACAUGAAGGCGAAGCUGAUAGUGGACGGUCGCGAGAUACAGGACAAGGUGAAGCUUGGCGAGGAGCAAUUAACUGCGUUGAAAGAGGCAAUUGACUAGUCGUAACGAGGGACUUACAUGCUAAGUUAUUAUGAAAUCGAUUCGUAAAUAAUGGCUGCAUUUCAAGGCGUGAACAAUUGUAUGUUCCGCAUAAUGAGUCAAGUUAACUCGAAAGUAUAAGUUAAUAGGGGUGAAAAGUUACGGGAACACACAAAAGUAAAAUGCAUAUAGAAAGAAAUAUGUACAUUUUAUAUCUUAAUGAAUAAAUUUUUAAUUAUUGUAUAUAUUGUUUAAAACUAUACAAAAAUUACAUUUUUUAUUAAUUUUUCUUGAAUUAUUUCAAAAUAAUUUAGGAUUAAUCAUACAUUUUUUAAAAUUUAAUUAAAAAGCAUCAAAAUCGGAUACAAAAUCAUAUUCCAUCUAAAUAAAUAUUUUUGAGAUAACAAUACAAUUUGAGUAAUUUAAAACGUGAUCGAAAUAAUUAUGAAAAUUGAAUGCGUGAAAUUUUCUUGGCUUAUAAAAAAACAAGUUGAUAUUAAUGUUUUUACAAUCAAGGUGUGAUCCCGAAACCUUAAGUGCCUAGUCUUUGUUAAGCUUGCAUCAAUUUUGUCAUGUUUCUGCCGGUAAUCUACAGAGGAAAAAACAAUAUAUCGCUUAUACAUCAUGUGACAUGCUAAAAAAAAGUUACAAGACGAUAUAAAAGAAUAAAUAUUAUUUCCCAAAUUUCUUUUUGAAGAAAAUUAAAAAUACGCGCUAGGACAAUAUCAUCAAUUACAGAAAUGCAUUUGUACAUAUAAAUAGCAGAAGCAAUGCGCAGUCUUAAAUAAAGAAAACCUUGUCCAGAAUGUGCAUAGGCAAAAAAUGAGAAUGGUCGAUUGAAAAUGAUAACAUUGCGUAAGAAGUAAUACGGCUAGUGAUAUAUAUAUAUGUAAAUCAUAUAUAUAUAUGUAUGUAUUAUUUUUGUGUACGUGUCGAUCGACGUUAAUAAUUAUUUUGCGUGGAACGUAUUUGAAAAUUAUUGAAAAAUCAAAAUUUUAAUAUAUUUCCUAAAUAUAUCUAUAUUCCAUAGAUAUAUGUAUGUGUGUGUGUAUUUUCAUACGCGAGUUGUAUUUAGAAAUGCGUCGGUAACGCCGUGCAGUAUAAAUCCGAAACGGUACUCGCCUCUACGUAUGCAACUAAUGGAUGCUCGAAGAUGCCAACAAUUUUUCACGUUAAUAAAACUCUUCGUUAAAAAAAAAGAAAAAAUCCAUUGUCGAGCAAUGCCGAUGAAGAUUCGAGAACGCGCGAAUCCAGAUAGAUUCUCGAUCCAAGAUUCAUUGGUGCCUUCCUAUAUACGAUACGUGUGAUAUGAGAGUAAGAAGAGUUCACGUUCUGUGUCUAAACAAUUGCGCGGCGUCCAAACAACUAAGCGACGCAGACAACCGAAGCGACAUUUUACAUGUGUAUAUAAUAAUAAAUAAUAUUGUAAGUGCAUAUAAUUUACACUCUGACAUACAUAUUUCAUGUAUACACGUACAUACAUACACGUACACAUAAACAACGAAUACUAUUUUUACGUAUUAUUCUAACCCCCGGAGGUCCUCGUGGGCCUCUGAUGCUUGUGAUCUUAUUUACUCUAUACGAUCCCACCAAGGACUCUCGAAAGUACCGCAAAACCGCGCACGUCGUAUUCGAGCCUCCGUGGUGGUCCAGCGAGAAAUUUUAUGCCACGGUCAUUUCGACAAAUUCUCAUUUCGUUCUUUUUUCUCUGUCCCGUUUUACGUCCCCGUUUGUAAAUCACGCGUUUCUUUUUAUACCGAUUAAUACUCCCUCCCCGCUCAUCGCUACUCUACCGAGGGCGGAGAAGAGACUACAAGCGAAAUUACACUGAAAAAUGGGACCUCCGAGAAUCUUUGGGCUCGGUAAUGGAACACUUACUGAGGACCCAUGGAUCUCGAGACGGAAUCCAUUUUUAUAAAGAAAGAUCGUAUCUAAAAAAACAAAAAAAAUGUCAGACCUUGUUCAACUUUGUACAUUAUGUUAUUAAACGCAAAUCUUCUUUGCGACACCCAUUCGCAAAGCAAACGCGUUUGAUCUCAGACGACGUAUAACUCGGAUCACAGACAGCACGGCGCCAGAGAUAAGCGUGUCUCACAAGCCGGGACCCGGACGGCCGCGAUAAUAAUGAUUGUGAGAAAGACUGAGUACAGGGCAUAAAAUUUUGCGGCGUAAUAGUCAGUUUCUGUUCCUCGUUUAUUUUCUUGACGUUCGCGAAUUGGCUGCGGCGAUGGGUACUGCAAUCUUGCCUUUAAUCUCGAAAAUAGCAGCCACCGUUAUAAUGUGUUUGCGCGCAGCAAGACAUCACGCGGCGGCGAAAUGUCAUCGAAUGCGAUUGUCAUCUGUACUCCCCUUCCGCCAUGAAUAAGGCGCAGCUGUUGUACAUAACAAAUUAAUGAAAUCAUGGUGCUCUGGAUAUCUAUUUUUUACGAGAAGAAACGUUCCAUUAAUUCGUAAGCUAUCACUAUAGCUAAAGACAUUAAUAUUUAACGUUCUCGCUGUGUACAUAUUACCACAUAUAAUUGUAUGUGAUGCGAAGGCAACAUAAUAAUUAUACAUACACAUUCGCGUGUCACUUGUAAGCGACAACGCUAGGUCGUUGUUAAUCUGAUAAUAUUAUCCCAUAUAAAUGUACUACGAAAUCAAUACGAUUAUUACAUUUCUCAAGCUCGCUUGCAAUAAAUAACAUGUUGAAAUUCAAA